AUGAACAUGGAUGCCAUCCUCGACUCGGGCAUCCUGCCGCACGUCGUGAUCCGGGUCGGCAUCCGGCGGCAGCUCGCGCAGCGCUUGGCCGAGAUCCGGUCCGAGUCGCUGGCGGAUGCUUGCGCGCGCAAGAUGGAGUACAUCGAACGCCUGCGCACGCAGCCCAUAGCCAUAGAGACGGACACGGCCAAUACGCAGCAUUAUGAGGUCGGCACCGGUGUGCUGGCAGGGAUGCUGGGUCCCCGCAUGAAGUAUAGCUCCUGCUUGUAUCCCAAAGGCAGCGAGACAUUGGCGCAAGCCGAGGUGGAGAUGCUGAGGACGUAUAUCGAGAAGGCAGGACUGGAAGAUGGCAUGAGCAUCCUCGACCUGGGUUGUGGAUGGGGUUCCGGAGCUCUGUUCUUUGCAGAGAUGCUCCCCAAGUCCAAGGUUACGGCCUUUUCCAACUCAAAGACUCAGAAGGAGUACAUUGACUCGAAGGCCAAAGAGAAGGGACUUUCCAACCUUACCGUGAUUACCGGCGACGUCGCGGACUACGAGUUUGAGAAGGAGAAGGCGAGUUUCGACCGUGUGGUCUCUAUUGAGAUGUUUGAGCACAUGAAGAACUACGAGCUGCUGAUGGCCAAGGUCGCCAAGGUGCUGAAGCCGGGUGGCAAGCUGUUUGUGCACAUCUUCACGCACAAGGACACACCCUACGACUACGAGGAGGGCUGGAUGACGACACACUUCUUUACGGGUGGCACUAUGCCCUCGGCAGAUUUGCUCCUUUACUUCCAGAAGGACCUCAAGAUCAAGCGGCAAUGGUGGGUCAACGGCAACCACUACUCCAAGACGUGCGAGCACUGGCUUUCGACCAUGAUCGCAAACAAGAACAAGAUCUGGCCGCACUUGGUAGAGACGUACGGGGAACAAAACGCCAGCACCUGGUAUAACCGGUGGCAAAUCUUCUACAUGGCGUGCUCGGAGCUCUUUGCGUAUGAGGGCGGCGACGUCUGGGGCGUGUCACACUACUUGUUCGAGAAGCCCAAGGCUUAG